GUGAUAUUAGACUUAUCGUAAGCUAUCGUUAUUCUACCAUUAGUAUUGCUGCUAGCUACACAAAGCGAGAUAUAAUGGCUGGCUUAUUUGACUCCGCACAUACCGAAGGCCCCGGCUUUGUAGGCAUACGUUUCUGUCAAGAAUGUAACAACAUGUUGUAUCCUAAAGAAGACAAGGACAACAAAACAUUAAUGUAUGCAUGCCGCAAUUGCGAUUACAAACAGGAAGCCGACUCCAAUUGCAUAUAUGUGAACAAGAUUAUGCACGAAAUCGACGAACUGACUCACAUUGUGCCCGAUGUGAUAUCCGAUCCGACACUGCCGCGCACUGAAGACCAUGCAUGCCCCAAAUGCUCGCAUCGCGAAGCCGUUUUCUUCCAGGCGCAAACCCGACGUGCCGAAGAGGAGAUGCGACUGUACUAUGUGUGCACCAAUCAGAACUGCACUCAUCGCUGGACGGAAUAACAGCGGGAACGGAAAUGCCAACUUCGUCUACGACUGCCGACCUUGGCUUUGUUCGCACGCAUAGCUCUAAGUUCA